GUGCAAAGUAGUGAAGUUGCGCACCUGUAGACUGCAGAAUGCAAGUUACACCCUGUGAAAUGAAAGCUUGUCCUGCCCAACGUCGGAACGCGACUUAGGUCUAGUUCUAACGGAAAAAAUGGACACAAGCGUAAAUUACACAGGGGAUGUAGCGAGGGCAUAUGCGGUCAUACACUUUACGCAUAGACAGUUAGGUGCACUCACUCCUGAGCUCUUUCUAAUGUUGUACAAAACAUACGUCAGGCCCCACCUUGAGGUGCAUAAUAUUAUUGCACCCCUAAUGCUGAGAAGAGACGCCAACCUAUUGGAAAGAGUCCAACGAUCGGCAACAAAAGGAGUGGUUGGUCUCCGAAACAAACCAUAUGAUGAAAGGCUGAAGAAAUUAGGCCUGUUCACACUUAGCUACUGUCGGCUUAGGGGGGAUUUGAUUACUGCCUACAAAAUAACAAAUGACCAGAAUCACCCAAACAAAGGUGUUCUGCCAUUGAGUAGGUAUAGGCUCUCAUGUGGAAAUCCCAGAAGGAUAGCUCACCAGAGGGCGAGGACCCGGGUGCGCUCCCACUUCUUUUCACUGCGGGUUUGCCGUCCCUGGAAUUCCUCACCGGCAGAUGCAGCUAUGGCACCGUCUUUGGACGGCUUUAAGCGAAGGCUGGACAACCAUUCAGCGACACAAGGACUGCAUCCAAAAUGGCCUAUCCCCUUAAAGUUAUAAGCGAUCUUAUAGCUUGGGAGUAAUUACUUCCAUGCUAGUUUACAACAAUUCGUAACUAAUUCUAACCUAUGGGUCGAUUAUGAGCUUUUAUGGCAAAUGUAUAUUUCACCUACCUGAAGUGAAUCACGUAUGUAUUGAAAUGACGCUGAUCGUUAUUAUAAAGUGCUCUGAACUCUUAAUUAAUGUGGCAAGUCCUUAAAAAUAGGAUUUGCAGGUGAAACAGUGCAUUAUUCAGAUUCAGAUGAUAAGGAUAGAAGGCUCUUGUGGCCUGUGUUAAUCCUUGCAAAAUACAUCUCUGCAGAGAUCUAACUUCUUUUUGAAAGCGUUCACCAAUGGAGCUGAUACUACUGAAUCAGGUGAGGCGUUCCAGUUGUUGACCACUGGGAGAGAACCUAUAUUCUGCAGUUAUUUUAGUCGUCCUUGGUUUGAGCCCUUUUUUUCGUUGACCCCAUAAAUGUAUCCUAAAAGGGGAGAAAAGUUUAGAAAGGUCAUUUCCUAAAUCACCCUUAAGUAUACGGUAUGCU